UUCUCCCGUAUUCGAACAACUAGGAUUCGCUACUCGGCGGCCAAGAUGGCUGACAAACAAGAGUCGGGGAGCAGCGCCUCCGAAUCGGUGCCUCUGACGGAAGACAAGACGCACUUCUGGGUGGAAAGAGAGAGUCAAAAAUCGGGAAAAAAUGAAAAAUGGGGAGAUACGAAAGAGAUGAAAGGAGACGAAGAAGACGCCGAUAAAGAAGAGAGAGUGGAAUGCGAUUUGUCAGUGACUCACACAAGAGGAAGUCAGAUGACGGUGGAAAAAUUCAUGGGUUUAGAGAAAUUUGUGCAAAGCCAACAGUCUCUGGUUUCGAACGCGUCCACCAGUUCUGAUUCCCUAACAGUUAAUACUUCAAUGACGUCAUUUAAUGAACCAGUGAUAUCGGAUGUGUCAGCGACGUAUUCAUUGUCGUCGACUGAUGACUCCCUGGAGAAUUACGAGGCUCACAUGUCGGCAGAUUCGGCUGACGAGUACCAAAGCAUGGUGCGGACCCUUCAACACUACCGACCUCGUAUAUCUCGUCGUCGCCGUCGUCGCCGUCGUCAGCGUCUCAGUCGUACUCGUCUGUGUUCCUCUUCGCCCUCCUCCUCUUCCUCUUCAUCAUCUUCAUCUUCCUCCUCUUCCCCUGUCAGCAGCGACUCGGACUGCUCUUGUGUCUCCUGUUCUUCCCAGAUGACUGGAGCAAUCAAGAAGUAUUUCGGCGCGGAGGUCGGACCCCCUGGCGGCGAGGGAACGAAGCAGCGGCGAGCGGCCCUUUGGCUGGAGAGCAUCAAGUACCUGUGGGGUAUUUUAUUCUAUGGUCUGCUAGUGCUGUCAAUCCUGUUCCUUGCAACUUCGAUUUGGAUGACCCAGCGUGUGAAGGAGAGAGAAUAUGGAUACAAUAUGCUUUACUGGAGCAUCCCUUUCGUGGUGGUGAUGUCACUGGUGGUCCUGGCAUGGCAAGGGACAUGGCACACGCUGCUGGCACUCGGCUACGGUAAUGGAGAUCACAUUCAAGACAGGAGAAACUUUAUAGAAUUCGCUCAAAAGAAACAGCUCGUUUACACAGUCCGUGGCGCUAUAUAUGCCCCGACAUACCCGGACCCGACAGCCACCACUUCGAACUCCUGCUCCACCUCGAAGCAGAUACCCCCCUCGUACUCGGUGGUGGCCUACGAGAGCGAGUUCGACUCCGACCUCUACUUCGACUCCGACCUCGAGCCCGACGGCCAGUACCGACGCAGCAUCACGCCCCUGAAGGAGAUCGAGGACCCGGAGAAGAGGGAGAGGAGGAACAUCUACACGAGGAAGGCUUGGCGAGGACGUGCCCGUGAUCUGGUGGGAGGUUUGGAAUCAACCCCCCAGGGAUUUCUGAGGAGGGUGUUGGGGAGGUUGGAGGAGGAUGGUGGGGCAGGGAAAUGUAUUGUGUAGUUGGAGAAGAGGUUGUUGGAGUUGGAGAAGAGGUUGUUGGAGUUGGGAAAGGGGUGGGAGAAAGAGAGGCCAACACGGAAGGGGUUGGGAGUGUAGCAAUGUCUGCCGGGUCCUCCAACUUCGAAGACACUCUCUGCACAAACCGUGGACUGGGAGACCUGUGUGUGAGGGAAUGCUGUCACCAGGAGAGGCCAGACAACUCACACCCUUCGUAACUGGGGUCGUGUAUGUCCUCACAAUUAAAAAAAAAAAAAAACGCCAGACAUCAUUACAGUCAACUUAAUCUAUUGAGAGCAAAGUUUAAAUAUGCAUUUAGACAUUGCUGGAAACUAGGUUCCGACAUUGAGCUAGUAAGCACCUAUGAGUGCCUUUGUAAAGGUGCUGUCACACUAGCACUUUUUCCGUCAAUU